CUCAGGUAGCUGAGGCUGACCUAAGGCUAAUUUGUAAUCUUGAACUCCCGCCCCUCCUAAGGAGUUCCAGGGUGUAGCAGGUACUGCUGGCCUCUGGGUUUUCCUGGUGAAGGCUUGAGGUCCGUUCAGCUCUGGGGCAGUGAUUGCCACAGAGGGCCGGUCUAAUACGUUCUUAAGCUCUAUCUGUCUGCCAGGUGUGCUGGGUUUGUUCAGGUUUGGGUUUAUUUAGGCUAGCCGGGGAGAGGGCGGUCGAGGGCGAAGGUGCCCAGCCAAGCUAUCUCUAGGCCUGGAGUUUCAGAUCUAGAAAGUCAAGUGGGGUGGAGGAAGCCCCCCCCAGAGGAGGCGCAGAUGAACCAUAUGAGCAUUACCCGGUCGAGGAGCAGAAAGCAGGACCGAAUCCUGUCUCCCUGGGGAUUUCUGCGUAUCCCGUUCGUUCUGGUUUCCCAGGCUAUCCCAAGUGCAUUCAAUCCUAAAGUCCCUGCCCAUCAAGUUUCUCAGUUGCAAGUUGGUGGGGUUUAAAGGCGGCUGCGCCAUAGAGCACUCCCAUGGUGCCGCGCGCUGGGCGGGUUUGUAUUUUAAAUCCCCGCGGCCAAUCAGCAACGCGCAGGCCCUUGUAACGUUCCCAGCGCUGCGUUUGAAUUCGGGGAGGAGCGGAGCAGGGCAAGAUCCUCUGCACCGGCCGGGCCAGGUCCGCGGAGAAAAUCUAGGAGCAUGAAUGCAGCGGCCAAAGCUGGAAAGCUGGCUCGAGCACCAGCCGACCUCGGGAAAGCUGGAGUCCCGGGGGAUGCAGCUCCCGGUGCUCCAGUGGCCGCCCCGCUGUCGAAGGAGAUUCCGGAGAUCUUAGUGGACCCACGCAGCCGGCGCCAGUAUGUACGGGGCCGCUUUCUGGGUAAAGGAGGUUUUGCCAAAUGCUUCGAGAUCUCAGACGCAGACACAAAGGAGGUGUUCGCAGGCAAGAUCGUGCCUAAGUCGUUGCUUCUCAAGCCCCACCAGAAGGAGAAGAUGUCUAUGGAGAUUUCAAUUCACCGCAGCCUUGCACACCAACACGUCGUAGGCUUCCAUGGCUUUUUCGAAGACAGCGACUUUGUGUUUGUGGUUUUGGAGCUCUGUCGCAGGAGGUCCCUCCUGGAGCUGCACAAGAGGAGGAAAGCGCUGACGGAACCCGAGGCGCGCUACUAUCUGCGGCAGAUAGUUCUGGGCUGCCAGUACCUGCACCGCAAUCAGGUCAUUCACAGGGACCUCAAGCUGGGCAACCUUUUCCUGAACGAGGAUCUGGAGGUGAAAAUAGGGGAUUUUGGGCUGGCAACCAAAGUGGAAUAUGAAGGGGAACGAAAGAAGACCUUAUGCGGCACUCCCAACUACAUAGCUCCCGAGGUGCUGAGCAAGAAGGGACACAGUUUUGAGGUGGAUGUGUGGUCCAUCGGGUGCAUCAUGUAUACCUUGCUAGUGGGCAAGCCACCUUUUGAGACUUCAUGCCUAAAAGAGACCUACCUCCGGAUCAAGAAAAACGAAUACAGUAUCCCCAAGCACAUCAAUCCCGUGGCCACCGCCCUCAUCCAGAAGAUGCUUCAGACAGACCCCACUGCUCGCCCCACCAUUCAUGAGUUGCUUGAUGACGAGUUCUUCACUUCUGGCUAUAUCCCCGCCCGUCUCCCCAUCACCUGCCUCACCAUCCCACCCAGGUUCUCCAUAGCUCCCAGCAGCCUGGACCCCAACAGCAGGAAGCCUCUCACCGUCCUCAAUAAAGGUGUAGAGAACCCCUUGCCUGACCGUUCCCGGGAAAAGGAAGAACCAGUGGUUCGUGAGGCAAGUGAGGCCAUCGAGUGCCACCUUAGUGACCUGCUGCAGCAGCUGAUCAGUGUCAAUGCUUCCAAGCCCUCGGAGCGAGGGCUGGUGCGGCAAGAGGAGGCUGAGGAUCCUGCGUGCAUCCCCAUCUUCUGGGUCAGCAAGUGGGUAGACUAUUCGGACAAGUAUGGACUUGGGUACCAGCUGUGUGACAACAGUGUGGGGGUGCUCUUCAAUGACUCGACCCGCCUCAUCCUCUACAACGACGGUGACAGCCUACAGUACAUAGAACGCGAUGGUACAGAGUCCUACCUCACCGUUAGCUCUCACCCGAACUCCUUGAUGAAGAAGAUCACUCUCCUCAAGUAUUUCCGGAAUUACAUGAGUGAACACCUGCUGAAGGCAGGGGCGAACAUCACGCCUCGAGAAGGAGAUGAGCUGGCUCGGUUGCCCUACCUGCGGGCAUGGUUCCGCACACGCAGCGCCAUCGUCCUGCACCUCAGCAACGGCACCGUGCAGAUUAAUUUCUUCCAGGACCACACCAAGCUUAUCCUGUGCCCCUUGAUGGCAGCAGUGACCUACAUCGAUGAGAAGAGGGACUUCCGCACAUACCGCCUGAGCCUCCUGGAGGAAUAUGGCUGCUGCAAGGAGCUGGCUAGCCGGCUGCGCUAUGCCCGCACCAUGGUAGACAAGCUGUUGAGCUCACGUUCUGCCUGCAACCGCCUCAAGGCCUCCUCAUAAGCCUCUGUCCCUCGGACUGGUUCCCCUUCACUCUACAAGUUCUGUUUGGGCCUACACUGCUAGGCUCCUGGGGCUGCUGUUCAGUGCCCCUGGCCCUGGGGGCUGGGUGGGGAGCAGUGCCCCCCUUGAAGGGGUUGCUGUGUAAGUUAUUUUUGUACAUGUUUGGGUAUGGGUUUACAACCUCUUCCCCUGCCCUCAGCCCUCUGUAUCAAUUGUAUAGAUAUUUUUAUUGAAUUUGGGACUGUCCUUUUCUUAGCUUUAUAUACAUUAAAUAUAUGUACAUCA